AUGAAUGUGAACACCAUUUGGAUGCACGACGACAAUCCCAUCGCCGGUCUUCGUGUCAACGAACACGUCAACAGAUUUCGGCAGCAAAUGAAAGAAAACCCCAAAUUCUUGAGGAAUAAAAUCAAAGAAUAUUUCAUUUCAAAUACCCAUCGAUUGGUAUUAGAGAUGAAUCCAUCGAAUGAUUACGAAAAUAAUCUCAAAAUUGAAGAGCAAAAAGUGUUGAAAGAAAAGGUCUCUAAACUGACUGAAAAGGAUUUGAAAGAGAUUUAUGAAAACGGAUUGGAAUUGGAAAGAAUGCAGAAGAAUAAAGACGACGCCUCUGUAUUGCCCACACUUAGCGUUAAGAAAGAUAUUUCCCGUAAUUUUAAUGCCACUAAUAUAGAGACCACUAAAAUAUUAAACGCCGGCAUUCAAUGGUCAGCUCAGCCCACGAAUGGCAUCACAUAUUUCAACGCUAUUAUGAAACCCAAACCGAAAGCAUUUCCGCGACAUUUGGUGCCAUAUCUACCGGUUUUUAGUCAAUUGGUGACCAAAUUAGGCGCCGGAGAAUUGGAUCGAAAACAAUUGGACCAAGAAAUCCAAAUGAGAACCGGAGGCCUCCAAAUGUCAACCCAUGUGUCAGACCAUCCCUCGGAGUUUGAUCUCUACGAAAAAGGACUCAUCAUUUCAUCGCAUUGUUUAGACAGAAAUGUUGAGCAAAUGUUUAAGUUAUGGACCGAUAUAUUCAACAGAAUUCGAUUCGACGACGAUUACGACCACUUGUCUCAACUGAUCCGUAUGUGUUCGGCGGAGUUGGCGCAGAGUCUUCCCCAUUACGGACACAAGUAUGCAAUGCAGCGGUCGGCCGCUUCAUUGGGCGGUUCCUAUAAGUUCAGAGAACUGACGAGUGGUUUGUCAUCGGUUUCGCAUUUCCGUUCAUUGGCUUCUUUAGAAGAUUGCAAACCAGUUGUCGACCAUUUAAAAAGUAUUGCAACCCUUCUAUUGAACUCUGAUUCCAUCCGGUGUUCAAUCAAUGCGGAGGCGCCUACUAUUCGGUCAUCGCUUCAGACAAUUGAACGAUUCAUUCACUCCAUUAAACAAAAGCCUGAAACCACUCAUCAGACGGAAGAGUCACCAAAUAGUGACAUUCCAGGCAUUGAUCACGUGAAUGAACACCACGUCUAUCCCUUCGCUAAUAACUAUUUGGCGAAAUCAGUAUUUUGUGCGCCUUUUGCUCAUAAAGAUUACGCGAAACUCAAAAUCGCCUCAAAACUGGUUUCGACGAAAUAUCUUCACCGAGAAAUCCGUGAAAAGGGCGGCGCAUACGGAGGCGGCUCUAAACUAACGUCAGGCGGUGUUUACACUUACUAUUCAUAUCGCGAUCCAAACAUUGACCAAACAAUUGACGCCUUCAAUGGUUCGGCCGAAUGGCUGACCGACGGAAACCAUUACAACGAUCAGGACAUCGAUGAGGCGAAGCUAUCGAUAUUUCAAGAAGUGGAUCACCCGAUUAUGCCCAGUGAACAGGGAUUGGAAUUCUUCGUCAAUGGAAUCGAUGAUCAAAUGAAACACGACUAUAGAAUGCGUUUACUCGAUGUCAGCAAAGGGGACAUCGAAGAAGUGGCUAAAAGGUAUUUAUUGGACGGAACACUAAAAUCUGGUGUUGUGUUGAUUGGUCCGCGCAGUGAU